UGUCAAAUAACACGUAACGGUUUACAAUUUUUUAAAAAAGACGUUCUGACUAAAGAUGAUUUUUUUAGAAUAAUUACAAAAAUUUAGUAACAAUAAAUCAAACAAUGGAAUUAAAAAUGGCCCAAGCUAAUCAACGAAACCGAUUUUUCAAGCUCUCUCUGAAAAAAAAUAGAAUGAAAACAUCCAACCGUGAAUCCGAUGUCGUAGUUCUCGACGAAUCAUUUGAUAAUCUACGCUCAGAAUUUAUGACUAAUGGUCACUCCAAACCUCAGAAAUAUUCUCCAAUUGUAAUCAACGAUUCCUGUGACAACUUAUUCGAUCAGUUAUUAUUGGAUGCACCAAGUAAAUCUGGCAACGUUUCUCUUAACUUGACGAAUGAUUUCACAUCACCUGUUAAGAAAGAUUCCAGACCCAGUAUAGGAGGCUGGUCGCCUGCCCAGAACAUUAUAUGUGCUACUCCCAAACAUGAGACAAUUCCUUCCACACCAUUGGACAAAGCUAAUGUGACGUCAGAACAAUGCUCUAUUAAGAAAAUACAAGAUUCACAUCAUAAGCUGCUAAGCGAUCUAUAUGGAGAAUCUUGGAAAUCAAUACCGACAUUAUUCAAAAAUUUACAACAAAAUCAUGACAAUUUAGAUGGUAUUUCUAAGAAACUACACUUUAACGAUGAAGAGGACAGUGACAAAGAGAACAUACGAUCUGAUUUAAAACGGAAUAAAGCUCUAUAUUUAACAGACUCGGAGAUUAAAAAGAAAAAUGAUUUGGUUGACUUUGAAAGAAGAUCUAAAAAGAAAUUAUACACAGAAAAGAUUCCUAGUAUCCCCGACCCUGAUCCCGAACCCGAAACACCUAAGCUUAAAUCGAUCAAAAAUAAAAAUAUAAAUAGUUCAACAAAAAAAACCAAGGCUUUAUCAGUUACCGAACUAGUAAAGGUAAUGAGGAAUGAUGUUGAUAUAAUAACAAAGAAAGUUCAAAGUGUAACCGUUACCCCUCAGAAGGCUGAAAUAAAGAGGCUUAGUUUCGUUGGAUCAUUAGCAGAUAAUGUUCCAUCUUGGAGGUGUCACGUUGAAGCAUUGCAGUAUCAUGAUAACUAUAAAAAAUUACGAGAACAACUCGCCAGACGUCUGUAUGUUGAAUUCAAUAAAACAGUAUUUGAUGAUGCGUUGGACGCCGAUAUGCCAAUUAUAUGGGAUACAAAAUUGAGGAGUACUGCCGGGACAACAACCAAUAGACUGAUAAAAACAGCAAGAGGUGACAGAAUACGUACUUCAAGUAUAAAACUAUCAACGAAAGUAAUUGACGCAGUGCAAAGGUUACGUGACACGCUCAUACAUGAACUCUGUCACGCUGCAACAUGGCUCAUAGACGGCGAGCUGAGAGCGGGACACGGGCCAUUAUGGAAGAAAUGGGCAACACGAGCGCUUAAAGAGUUUCCAGAGCUUGGUGAGAUAUCAAGAUGUCACACUAUGGAAAUACAUUAUAAAUAUGCAUAUAAGUGUACUAAAUGCGGUUACAGCGUUAAAAGACAUUCAAAAUCAAUAGACAUAACGAAAAAGUGUUGCGGUUAUUGCCGGGGAACAUUUGAAAUUAUAGUCAAUAAGAAGAACAAGGAUGGCGUUAUUGUCUCUACGCCAGCUAGAAAGGGAGGUCCGAAUGAUUUCGCGUUAUUUGUCAAACAGAACUAUGGUACCCUAAAAGAUGGUACGAAAACUCAUGCUCAAGUUAUGAAAUUGUUGGGAGAACAGUUUUCAGCUAAAAAGAGUAAAAAUCAAGAAAAGGAGGAAAUUUGUGAUUUUAAUAGUGAUUGAUAGAAAAAAUCCUUGCCAGUAACAAAAUAUUAUUCAGAUAAUAUUUAUAGUCAAUGUAUAAAGUGUAUUUGCAUAGAAAUUUAGACGAAUUCAAUUCAGAAAAAUAUUGAAAAGACUCGGAUUAUAUUUUUAAAAUUAUUAUAUUAUCUUAAAAAAAUUAAAUAAUUAAAUUGUUCUCACAAUAUUAUGAUCUAGCGUAAACGCCCAGACGAAAUCGUUUCUUUUAUCAUAUAUAUUAUUUGAACAAAUGUACUUACUAGUACAUUCCCACAACAAAAAGUACCUUUAAAUGACAACUAUACGUUAUAUCAUUCAUAUUAGGAUUAAAAGUAAUAUUAAGGGUAUAAUCCUACUAUAAAAAUGGGAUGGAACCUUAUUAAAAGUUAAAAUGACAGUACUCAACCGGGUACCGUUAGCAAAGAAGUCCUGUAAAAUAAUUAUCCGACUCUAGCAAAGCAAGUUAUGAUCUAAGAAAAUUUUGAUUAUGUAUGAUAUGUUUGUAUUUGUGUAUAUAUAUCUUCAACUAAAAAUUAUUUUGUCUUCUUCAAAUUUGUUUCACUGACUCUUUACACUCAUUAUUAAUCUUAUAACUAGAAUAUUUUACAAUUAUAUAACUGCAAAAUAAUACAGUAAGAAAAUCAAGAGGAAUAAUCCAAUCGAACUCAUAACGUCUCGAGUACAUCGACGCGAGUUUGCUCUCAGUUCAAAAAUAUAUCAUCAUAUUCUGACCUCGCGCAAUAUAUUUACAAUCAACUAAAAACUAUUGUAUAUUUUAUAUGUAAAAGAUUUACAGAUUCGAGAUUACAAUAUGAAUGUGUAAGUGUUUAAUAAUAAAGAUUUAUAAAUGGUUGUCGAUCUUGUGCGAUCACAUUAGUAGCGCUCUGAGUAUAUAUGUACGUUUAGAAAAAAAGUUAACGAUCAUAAAUCAUUUUCGAUUUGCAUUUCAAAUAUAUAAAUUGAUAUCGUAAUAUUUGAGAUGAUAUGUAUAAUGAUUGUGUAUAAAACAUCUUCAAUUUCAAGGAUAACCCUAUUAAAUAAAACCAAAGAGUCAUAAAUAUAAGAAAACUUUUCCCGCCAUUUACUAUUGUUUACACAGACCCAAAAAUAAAUAAAUUUAAGUCUGAUAAAUGCUUUGCUCGAGAAUAUUUUAUAUGUUGACAGUAAACUUAUAUUUACGCAAUUUUUUAUAAGGUAAGUAGUAUACACGAAUUUAUGAAUCCGAUGUGUUUUGUUUUUUAAUUGUAAUUAAAUAAGGUACUAAUUAAAAUGAAGUCUGGACUUUGUGAUUAAUUUUAAUUUAUAAUUGUAUAUUAUAGAAUAAUUUAUUAAAAAUAUAUUUAAUUAUUAUUGUUUUUGUAUAUUGUUAACCGUGUUCUUUAGAUGUUUAAUUAGUGCCACAUGCACACUGAAUACGAGCUAAACUUAUUUUUAGGUAUUUUAAUUUAAAUAGGAAAAUUUACAAACGC